AUGAGCGUCGCGACGUCUCCGAGCUGGCGCAGCGCCCUCAGGGUCGUCCUGCGCGCGGUGGACAAGCACGUCACGUCCGCGAGCGGCGCGACGGCGUUCCGCGAGCACGUCCUCGAGCUCUUCCGCGCGGGCGGCGGCGCGGGCGGCGACGGAGGAUCCAGGGCCCCGUCGAUCCAGCGCGAAGACGUCGUCGCCGCGAAGCUCGUCGCCGCGGAGGAGUACGCCGCGCUCGUGAACGCGGUGCACGCGCACAAAGAGAUGCUCUUCGACUACGGGCACUCGCUCGACAAGGAGAGGGAGCAGCUGAGGAAGGCGACGAACACGGCGCGGUACGUGGGGCUCGAGAUGCCCGAGAUGCGUCCACGAGACGCGUGGGAUGAUCCGUCAGACGGAGCGAACGCGAACGAGGGGGGGGACGACGAGGAAACGGCCUCGGGGCCGGGGUUAGAAAAAGAGUCGUAG